AUGAGUUGUGUUACAAAUUACACUAGCAAUAAUGGUGCCACAGCUACCAAAUUCAUCAAAUGUGUGACAGUUGGAGAUGGUGCUGUUGGGAAAACAUGCCUUCUCAUUUCAUAUACAAGCAACACUUUUCCCACUGACUAUGUCCCAACUGUUUUUGAUAAUUUUAGUGCCAAUGUAAGUGUUGAUGGGCAAACUGUGAAUCUUGGCUUGUGGGAUACUGCUGGCCAAGAAGACUAUAACAGAUUGAGGCCUCUUAGCUACAGAGGUGCCGAUGUUUUCAUUCUAGCAUUCUCUCUCAUAAGCAAGCCUAGCUUUGAGAACAUUUCGAAAAAAUGGGUCCCGGAACUACGACAUUAUGCUCCAUCAGUGCCCAUUGUUCUUGUGGGGACAAAAUUGGAUUUAAGAGAGGAUAGGCAGUUCAAGAAGGAUUAUCCAGGGGCAUGCAUUAUUUCCACAGAGCAGGGUGAGGAGCUGAAGAGGCAAAUAGGUGCAGUGGCCUAUGUUGAGUGCAGUGCAAAGACUCAACAGAAUGUGAAGGCUGUUUUUGAUGCCGCUAUAAAGGUUGUUUUGCGGCCUCCGAAGGUCAAGAAGCAGAAAAAAUACAAAUCUUGCUUCUUUCUUUAA